CGGCGGGGAAGCGGCCUGGGUUGGCCCUCAGAUCGCGGGGUCCUGGGGGCAUCUCGCCGGCCACCCCCCUGGCCCGCCUGCCAGGCUUCCCCCGGGCCAGAGCAAUGGCCGCCGAGAACAGCAAGCAGUUUUGGAAGAGGAGCGCCAAGCUGCCGGGGAGUAUCCAGCCGGUGUAUGGAGCACAACACCCUCCUUUGGACCCUCGACUCACCAAAAACUUCAUUAAAGAACGGUCAAAAGUCAACGCAGUUCCUCUGAAGAAUAAGAAGGCCUCAAGUUUUCAUGAGUUUGCUCGGAAUACCAGUGAUGCUUGGGACAUUGGCGAUGAUGAGGAAGAGGACUUUUCAUCACCUUCUUUCCAAACUCUGAACUCAAAAGUUGCUUUAGCAACUGCAGCCCAAGUUCUAGAAAACCACAGCAAGUUGAGGGUAAAGCCAGAACGGUCCCAGUCAACAACAUCUGACGUUCCUGCCAGCUAUAAGGUCAUAAAGUCCAGCAGUGACGCCCAGCUAUCCAGAAACUCCAGUGACACAUGCCUGAGGAACCCACUCCAUAAACAGCAGUCACUCCCUCUCCGACCCAUCAUCCCCCUCGUUGCCCGGAUCUCAGACCAGAAUGCUUCUGGGGCACCCCCAAUGACAGUCCGGGAGAAAACGCGUCUAGAAAAAUUCCGUCAGCUUCUCUCCAGCCACAACACUGACUUAGAUGAACUGAGGAAGUGUAGCUGGCCAGGGGUUCCCAGGGAGGUUCGACCCGUAACCUGGAGACUCCUGUCGGGCUACCUCCCCGCCAACACUGAGAGAAGGAAGCUGACUCUGCAGCGGAAGCGGGAGGAGUAUUUUGGCUUCAUUGAGCAGUAUUACGACUCUCGAAAUGAGGAGCAUCACCAGGAUACCUACAGACAGAUUCACAUUGACAUUCCAAGGACGAAUCCUCUCAUUCCAUUGUUCCAGCAACCACUUGUACAGGAGAUCUUUGAAAGAAUUCUAUUUAUUUGGGCCAUCCGACACCCUGCCAGUGGGUAUGUCCAGGGAAUUAAUGACCUGGUCACUCCGUUCUUUGUCGUCUUCCUCUCAGAAUAUGUGGAAGAGGAUGUGGAGAACUUUGACGUGACCAAUUUGUCUCAGGACAUGCUGCGAAGCAUUGAAGCUGACAGCUUUUGGUGCAUGAGCAAGCUGCUGGAUGGGAUCCAGGAUAACUAUACCUUUGCACAACCAGGGAUCCAGAAGAAAGUCAAGGCACUGGAAGAGCUCGUCAGCCGGAUUGAUGAGCAGGUGCAUAAUCACUUCAGGAGGUACGAGGUUGAAUACCUACAGUUUGCCUUUCGGUGGAUGAAUAAUCUGCUCAUGCGGGAGCUUCCUCUUCGCUGCACCAUCCGCUUGUGGGACACGUACCAGUCUGAACCAGAAGGGUUCUCCCACUUUCAUCUCUAUGUGUGUGCGGCCUUCUUGAUCAAGUGGAGGAAGGAGAUCUUGGACGAGGAGGACUUUCAGGGUCUCCUCAUGCUGCUACAGAACCUACCUACGAUACACUGGGGCAACGAAGAGAUCGGGCUGCUUCUGGCCGAGGCGUAUAGACUCAAGUACAUGUUUGCUGACGCCCCCAAUCACUACCGCCGAUAGGUGCUGUCUCCCCCUGGGGACCCAGACUGCCCCCAUCUCUGAUGGCAAUCUGAUCACUGUGGCCACCGUGCGAGCCGUGGACCCCAGCCAGGAACCACUCCUGCUGUAAAAAGCUCACCCCACCACCCAGGUCUUAACUUCUUGGCGUCCACCACUCCGUGUCUCUGGAUGUCUCUUGGACCACUCUCAGUAUUCCAUGCCAUGUGGAUGGGCCCAGCUCUGGGAGAGGACAGAAAAGGAGGUACAGGGUUGUCUGCCCCUUUUAAAAAAACUGGACAAAAGAAGGGGAGGCUCAGGGUCUCACUCACAUUGUCCCUGCGUGGACCGACUUGGACUGGCUGGCUUUUGCCUCCAGGUCCCAAGUGAUACCAUCACUUUUUUUUUUCUCUCUCUCUCUUUAAACAGGAAGAAAACCCCACAGAAUCUAUUACAUGCCUAAGGCAUGGAAGUAUUAGGCUUUGAUACAGUUGCUUUUUGUGACUUAGUUUGAUUUGAUCACAGGUCAAAUAUGCCUUAUGUUUUCAGAAGACUCCAGGCCCCGCCCCCCUCCCUGGUUUCCUAAUCCUUCUCCUGCCCUAGUCUGAGCCAGUGAAGGGCAGCUACUUGAGACAGUUCUCAGAUGGAGGAGGCACUGAUGCUUUUAACUCUGGGAAGAGGCCUACACCCAAGGGCUAGGAAUUUUCUUUUACUUUUUCUCACCAGAUCCCUGUGUCUGUGCGUGUGAGUGUGUGUGUGCACACCUGUCAGCAUUUCAUUACAUGUCUGAAUUGCUGUGUCCAGACUAGCCCCAUCAGAACCAGUUGGGAAGGGCCCCCGUGACCAAGUGUACAAGCAUCCUUGAGAAUGACCAGGCGGGAAGGGAGAAGGGGCUUUUUACCUCUCCAAACCUUUGUUUCCAUGACGACCCACUCCAAGAUAUUAUGUGUAAAUUGUGUUAUUAUGUAUAUGGGUGAAGAUGUACAAAUAUAUGUCCUCUUUGUAGCAGAUAUGAUUUUAUAUUUAUAAUGUGCAUCAACACGUGAAAGCAAUCUAGGUCACUAGCACAGAUGAGCUUGCCAGGCUGGUGGCUUCAGCGCCUCCAGGUUGGUUUCGGGGCGCCCUCUCUGAAGGCAGUGGAGCAGGGUCUGCUAGGGAGGCCCAGCCCGCGUCAGUGUCUCAGUGUCUUUGCUCCCCUUUCUUCCCAUCCUGGGCCUUUCUGGAACAUCUGCCCUGCCCCUCCCCUCUUCCGUGGCAGAGCUUCCCACCCCGCCCCCACCCUCACCCCUGGCAGCCUCCUCCAGAAGGGACUGUGAAGGCAGAAGCCCUUUCUCCGUGUUUUUGACCCUUGCCUUUCCCUGGACUCUGGGGAGGGCUUUUGUUUUCCCAUGUUUAAGUCAGCGUUGGAUUAAGGACAGAAGCUGUGACCAACUGGUCAGUGCCAAGGGAAGGAGUGUCCUGAGCAUCCCUGGGAUUGGGGCUCUUCUCAGAGAGCAACAUUAGGUGUCCCCUACUGUCACCAUCACACCACACAGCUCAUGAGAUGUGCGACCCAUUUUUGACUUUUGGUGUUUGGCAGUGGAGAAGUGGAGCAGGGCGGCAAGCUGUCAUCCCCUUGGGAAGCCAAGCAGUGUCCUCACGGGGGCCACCCCAGGUCUCUGCCAGCAAAGCCCUCCACACACCACCCACCCACACGUGUGCGAGGUUCUCGUGAGCUGUUUCUCAGGCGUUCUUCCUCCUCCUCUCCCCCUUUGGUGUGCCUCAGUAGCCUCCUUCACAGAGCAGGGGGGCCUCUGCCUCCCUCAACCAGACUAAUUACAGAAAGACACUUGUGUUCCCAAGUGGUGGUUUUAUUUUUUUAGUUUUUAUGUUUGUAUGGGAAAUUGUGGAUAAAGUGAACAAAUUGUAAAUAAAUAGUGUAUUUCCUCCUCCA